GCGGUUGCCCCGGGGCCGUGUCCGCCGCGGGCCGGGCCGCGGCUGCCGGUGCGCGGGCAGGCGGGGAGCGUGGCCCCCACACAGCCCGCUGGGGUAGCUGCGGGGCGCACUGCCUUUCGCCGAGCCCUGCGACCCCGCGGCGGUGGCUCUCCUCCAGGCUGGCCGGCCGCGCUCGGGCAGCUCCAGGGCCGCUGUUCCCGGCGGCGGCAUGGCCGGGGGGAGGGUGGCUUUGUGGCGGCCGCGCCUCGCCGUGCGCGGGCGGAGGGGGCUCCGCGCCCUUCGGGUUUUACCCGGCCAGCGCCGCUGCCCGCGGAGCCCCUUCCCUUAGCCGCGGGAGCCGGGGCACCUCCGCGGUUCUGGCGGGUCAGCACCACGCCCACGGCUCCUCGCCGGGCCGGGGGACGCGCAGCGGGGAGAGAGCGGCCCGGCCUCUCGGCCCCCGCCGUUGUUGUGGAGACUGAAAUUUCCUUGGAGGUCUGGCGGUGGUUUGUAGGGAUAAGCAGUGUAAGGCGAGGCCCCGGGUGCGGUGAGACACCCGAGUGACCGUGCAGCCAGCCCGGUCCGGGCACGGCGCUUUGUGGAGCCGAUGAGAGGCCGCCGGUCUGCGGGAGCGCUCCGGCAAAAGCCCCCGGGCAGCGGGCAGGUACCGGCAUGCGGCCUCCCCUGCCCGCGGGUGCGGGAGCCCGCCGCGUUCGCUCGGAAACCGCGGCACAGGCGAUUAACAAUAAAGUUGCUAAAUAACUGGGGAUGCCUCGUCUUGUUCGAUUUGCAAGCAAGGAAUUGAGAUGUGUGUCGAACAGAUGUGAGCUAGGCGUGAAGAAGACUUUGAGGCUAUUGGUGUAAGGAUAAAGGUUUCCCCCUCCUGCCCCUGUGCUGGCUGCUGUUGCAUCAUCGAAUGGCAUGAAAUCAGGAAGCGAGAUCGAUUGAGCAGCAUCGACAGCUUAUCCCGUAACACAUAUGGCAGAUGGAUGGUGAUAACUCCACAACGGAUGCUUCUCAGUUAGGAAUUGCUGGAGAUUACAUUGGUGGCAGUCACUAUGUGAUACAGCCUCACGAUGACACAGAGGACAGCAUGAAUGAUCAUGAAGAUACAAAUGGCUCAAAGGAGAGUUUUAGAGAACAAGAUAUAUAUCUUCCAAUUGCAAAUGUGGCAAGGAUAAUGAAAAAUGCCAUACCCCAAACAGGAAAGAUUGCUAAGGAUGCAAAGGAAUGCGUGCAAGAGUGUGUAAGUGAAUUCAUCAGCUUUAUAACGUCAGAAGCAAGUGAGAGGUGCCACCAAGAGAAAAGAAAGACCAUCAAUGGAGAGGACAUUCUCUUUGCCAUGUCUACCUUGGGGUUUGAUAGCUAUGUUGAACCUUUGAAGUUAUACCUCCAAAAAUUCAGAGAGGCAAUGAAAGGAGAAAAGGGAAUUGGGGGAACAGUUACAACUGCAGAUGGUCUAAGUGAGGAGCUCACAGAGGAAGCAUUUACUAACCAGUUGCCAGCAGGCUUAAUAACUACAGACGGCCAACAGCAGAAUGUUAUGGUCUACACAACAUCAUAUCAACAGAUCUCCGGUGUUCAACAAAUUCAGUUCUCAUGAUUUGAAGAAAACUUUGGAUCUGGGAACACGAGACAGAAAAGCUGCGCAACUCUAACGAAGAGGCAGUUUUAAUGACUGGUGAAGAGAUUUAUCUCUUUGUAUAUUAAAUAGCUGUAAUGUAGCUACCUGAAGCUUGACUAAUUGAGGUGUUGAGUUCUGACUCAAAUCUUUUUCAUGAUGAUUUUAAAAAAAAAUUGGAUUUUAAAGGUAUUAAAGUAUUUUUGUUUUGUACAAGAGUUUGUUGCUCUGUAUAACUCCUGUAUGCAUUGUAUAUUGCAAUUUAUUACUGUCAGAGAUUUGUAGACAGUUUCUUAUUUUCAUAUUGAAUCAUGUUACUUUUGUAAUUCAGGUAAACAGCUGGGUUAAUUCAUGUUUACCCUUUGAAUAAAAUUGCAAGGGUAAAGUUCAUUUUUGAUUGCAAGUUGCCUUUAUUAUAAAGAUUGAGUUGGUCUCGGUUAUGUAACUUGUCUUGCAUGACAACCUCAACUAACUUUACAUGUCAGUAUAUUUAUUGAAAUUUUGAAAGGGACCUUUUCCUCAUGAAGAUAGCAGCUCAGAAGGAUAUUGCUACAACUGUUUUUUUAAUGUAACUUCAAAAAUUAAAAGUUAAUCAAAACCAGCCAGUGCUCUACUACAUUUAGAGACUUGGAGCUUAUCAACAGUGUUGAUGAAAACACUGACUGUGUGCAACACAGGUCUUAAUUUAAUUUUUUUUUCAGUUGCAUUAACUUUCCUUAGACUUACUUUGAUAUAUUUAAAGUAGUCUUUGUGCUACUGAAGUAACCCUUCCUUUUUAUGUAUGGUUUAUUAGAAUCCAAACCUUAGAAAUUGAAUGGGAGGGAGGGGGGGAAUUUUAUAGUCCUUGUGGUAAAACAUUUCAUUUUAACUUUUUACUGAAAUGUUUUAAGGUUUCUUGUGGGACUGUGGGAACUCAACUGUGUUAGCGACUUUCUGUGCACAGGCUGCGUGUGUGUGUGCGAGUGACUGAAACUUGAACGAGUGACACAAAUCUGAAAUGGAAGACAGACUUUCAGUUUGCUGUCUCUUCCUGGUUUUGCAAUAAACUCUACCUGGAUAAUGUA